AAUAACACUGUUUGUGUGUGUGUGUGUGUGUGUGUGCAGGUGCUGUUUGCGUGUGCGGAGGCCCUCUAUGCUCACGGCUACAGUAAUGAGGCGUGCAGACUGGCCGUGGAGCUGGCCAGAGACCUGUUAGCCAACCCUCCGGACCUGAAGGUGGAGCAGCCACAGACUAAGGGUAAGAAGAGCAAGGUGUCGACCAGCCGCCAGACGCAGGUAGCCACCAACACGCUGUCCAAGGCCGCCUUCCUCCUCACCGUCCUCAGUGAGCGGCUGGAGCUCCACAACCUGGCCUUCUGCACCGGCAUGUUCUCUCUGGAGCUGCAGAGACCCCCGGCCUCCACCAAAGCUCUGGAGGUGAAGCUGGCCUACCAGGAGUCGGAGGUGGUGUCUCUGUUGAAGAAGAUUCCUCUGGGCCUGGUGGAGAUGUCGGCCAUAAGAGAGAGGGGCGAGCAGCUACGAGACGGAAACUUCUGUGACUACAGGCCGGUGCUGCCGCUCAUGCUGGCCAGCUUCAUCUUCGAUGUGCUGUGUACCCCAGUUGUGUCCCCAACUGGUUCCCGUCCACCAAGCCGUAACCGUAACAACGAGAUGCCUGGAGAUGAGGAGCUUGGCUUCGAGGCUGCCGUCGCUGCACUUGGUAUGAAGACCACAGUGAGUGAGGCGGAGCAUCCUCUGCUGUGUGAAGGAACUCGGCGGGUAAAAGGUGACCUGGCUUUGGCUCUAAUGAUCACCUACAAGGACGACCAGAGCAAGCUCAAGAAG